AUGGAUUCUUAUCCAUCUUCCCACACCUCAAAAUUUGUUGACCUACUUAAUAGCCAACAAAGCAUUUCGUUUGGUAACUAUGAAGAGAGAGUUUCACUAUCUUCAUCACAAGCUUUUGAAACCGAAGAUGGUGGAGAGAGUGGUACACAGCGUAGAGAAAGGCGGAAGUGGACGCCUGCAGAUGAUAUUGUGCUCAUUAGCUCCUGGCUUAACACAAGCAAAGAUCCAGUGGUUAGCAAUGAGCAAAGAUCAGACACUUUCUGGUCAAAAAUAGCAGCGUAUUUUGCGGCAAGUCGUCAAGAUGGUGGCUGCGAGAGAGAGGCCCUGCAUUGCAAGCAACGUUGGCACAAGAUCAAUGAUCUUGUGUGCAAUUUAUGUGGAGCCUACGAAGCUGCAAGCAGGGAGAAGACCAGCGCUCAAAAUGAGAAUGAUGUGCUCAAACUAGCACAUCAAAUAUUCUACACCAACCAUAAGAAAAAAUUACUCAUGGAACAUGCUUGGAAAGAGCUGAGGAAUGACCAGAAGUGGUGUGAGGCAUCGGCUGCCAAAAACGAAGGAAGUUCUAAAAAAAGAAAGUGUGAAGACGGUGGAGAUUCUUCAAGCUCUCAAGCAACUGACAUGAAGCGUCCACUGGGUGUAAAAGCGUCAAAGGUCCAUGGUAAGAAGACAAUGGCUGAGGAGAAAGCGAUGAAGGAGUUUGAGACUAUGUGGUCUAUAAGACAACAUGAUCUCGCCCUGAAAGAACGCUUGUCUAAGAUGAGACUACUGGACAGUCUGAUUGCCGAUAAAAAAACCUCUCCUUGA